GGGUGGCAUCAACAGUGAGAUGGCAGUAUUGGACACUGAAACCUGACAGACCCGCAGCGGGUUUGCAGCUCUUUGUCUCUAAGCCGCUGCUGACUUUUUAUUAUGAGCACAUCCAGCAGAAAUACUCAGAGAAACACGCAGCAGUUUUAACCAGGCAAGCAAAACGACAAAGAGACAAAUAGACGGGCGGUGAGACAGACAGACAGACAGACAGGCAGGCAGGCGGGUCUCAGCGUCACGGCCUGGGGCUCUGACUGAGAGGGGCUGGGACUGAGCGGACUCACUGCAGUGGAAGCUACGGGAGAGGCGGGCGGAGGCAUGGAAGUCCAUGCAUGCCGCUGUCUUCGUUCACACUGAUCGUAUCAAACACGGAGCUGCUGGUGUGGGUGAGAGAUGAAGCUCUGGUGGUUAGUUGUGUAAGCACAGAGCAGAAGAAGAAGAGGAGGAGGCCUUUUACCUUAACAGACUGAUGGCUCCAGAGUGACAUGCCAUGGCUUUAAUGAUCCCUCCGGUGAAACUCAAAUGGCUGGAGCACCUGAACAGCUCAUGGAUCACAGAGGACAGCGAGUCCAUCGCCACACGGGAGGGGGUGUCGGUGCUGUACUCUAAGCUGCUGGCCAACAAAGAGGUGGUGCUGCUCCCCCAGCAGGUGCUGUGUCUGAAGGGCCCCCAGCUGCCCGACUUCGAGCGCGAGUCCCUCUCCAGCGAUGAGCAGGAGCACUAUCUGGACGCGCUGCUCAGCAGCCAGCUGGCCUUGGCCAAGAUGGUCUGCUCCGACUCUCCGUUCGCGGCUGCCCUGCGGAAGCGUGUCCUGGUGCUCCAGCGCAUCUUCUACGCCCUCUCCAACAAGUACCACGACAAGGGGAAGGUGAAGCAGCAGCAGCACUCUCCAGAGAACAACUCGGGCUCGGCUGACCUCCAUUCUGUCAGCGAGCGUCCGCGCUCCAGCACCGACGCCCUCAUCGAGAUGGGUGUUCGCACCGGCCUCAGCCUUCUGUUUGCUCUGCUACGCCAGAGCUGGAUGAUGCCCCCUCCGCCCAGUCCCGGUGGAGGUCCUGGGGGCAGCAUAAAUUUAUGUAAUGAUGUCAUCCACACGGCCAUCGACGUGGUGAACUCCCUGCCGCCCCUCUCUCUGGCCAACGAGAGCAAGAUCCCGCCGAUGGGUCUGGACUGCCUGGCCCAGGUCACCACCUUCCUGAAGGGCGUGACCAUGCCGAACUCAGGGGCAGAUAUUUUAGGGCGUCGGCUGGCCUCGGAGUUGCUUUUGGGGCUGGCUUCUCAGAGGGGCUCCCUGCGCUACCUGCUGGAGUGGAUCGAGAUGGCCCUGGCUGCAUCAGCUGUGGUCAGCACCAUGGAGCAGAACAAGGUGCUGCAGAGCCAAGAGGGUCUCAUCGGCUAUGAUUGUUUCAUGAACAUCCUCAUGCAGAUGAGGCGCUCUUUGGGCUCCUCAGCAGAUCGUAGCCAGUGGCGAGAACCCACGCGGACCUCCGACGGCCUGUGCUCCCUAUACGAGGCAGCGCUCUGUCUGUUUGAGGAGGUGUGUCGGAUGGCUUCGGACUACUCUCGCACCUGCGUGAGUCCGGACAGCAUUCAGACCGGCGAGGCGCCGGUGGUGUCGGAAACCUGCGAGGUUUACGUGUGGGGCAGCAACAGCAGCCACCAGCUGGUGGAGGGAACCCAGGAGAAGAUCCUGCAGCCCAAACUGGCCACCAGCUUCGCCGACGCACAGACGAUUGAGGCGGGUCAGUACUGCACGUUCGUCAUCUCCUCAGACGGGUCGGUCCGGGCCUGCGGGAAGGGCAGCUACGGCCGCUUGGGCCUCGGCGACUCCAACAACCAGUCCACGCUCAAGAAGCUGACCUUUGAACCCCACCGAGCCAUCAAGAAGGUGUCAUCAUCCAAAGGCUCAGACGGCCACACGCUGGCCUUCACCACCGAGGGAGAGGUGUUCAGCUGGGGGGACGGCGACUACGGCAAACUGGGUCACGGGAACAGCUCCACGCAGAAAUACCCCAAACUCAUCCAGGGGCCGCUGCAGGGGAAGGUGGUGGUUUGCGUGUCUGCUGGCUACAGACACAGUGCUGCAGUCAGCGAGGACGGAGAGCUCUACACCUGGGGGGAAGGAGAUUUUGGACGAUUAGGUCAUGGUGACAGCAACAGCCGCAACAUUCCCACCCUGGUCAAAGACAUCAGUAAUGUUGGAGAGGUGUCAUGCGGAAGCUCCCACACCAUUGCUCUGUCCAAGGAUGGACGCACGGUUUGGUCCUUCGGAGGAGGGGACAACGGAAAACUGGGUCACGGUGAUACUAAUCGAGUCUACAAGCCCAAAGUGGUGGAAGCCCUGCAGGGGAUGUUCAUCAGGAAGGUGUGCGCUGGAAGCCAGUCGUCUCUGGCCCUAACCUCCACCGGACAGGUGUACGCCUGGGGAUGCGGGGCCUGCCUGGGCUGUGGUUCCUCUGAGGCCACGGCGCUCAGACCCAAACUGAUCGAGGAACUGGCUACCACCAGAGUGGUGGACAUCUCUAUUGGGGAUAGCCACUGCCUGGCCCUGUCGCACGAUAAUGAAGUAUACGCAUGGGGGAACAACUCAAUGGGCCAGUGUGGCCAGGGCAACUCCACAGGACCCAUCACCAAACCAAAGAAGGUGGUUGGCCUGGACGGAGUGGCUAUUCAGCAGAUCUCAGCAGGAACUUCCCACAGCCUGGCCUGGACGGCUCUGCCCAGAGACAGGCAGGUGGUGGCCUGGCAUCGGCCUUACUGCGUGGACCUUGAAGAAAGCACCUUCUCUCACCUGCGCUCCUUUCUGGAGCGUUACUGUGACGGCAUCAACAGCGAGGUUCCUCCUUUGCCCUUCCCCUCAUCCAAGGAGCACCACAACUUUCUCAAGCUGUGCCUUCGACUGUUGUCCAAUCACCUGGCUCUGGCUCUGGCGGGGGGCGUGGCCACCAGCAUUUUGGGUGGGCAGGCCAGGCCCCUGAGGAACCUGCUGUUCAGGCUGAUGGAUUCGUCUGUGCCGGAUGAGAUUCAGGAGGCAGUGAUUGAGACUCUGUCUGUGGGGGCGACCAUGCUGCUGCCUCCACUGAGGGAGAGGAUGGAGCUGCUUCACUCCCUGCUGCCUCAGGGCCCCGACAGAUGGGAGAGUCUCUCCAAAGGACAGAGGAUGCAGCUGGACAUCAUCCUGACCAGCCUCCAGGACCACACACAUGUAGCCUCUCUCCUGGGUUACAGCUCUCCCGCUGACGGCCCUGAGGUUCUUUCCUCCGGUCCAACCUUCACAGCGUCCCCCGACCCCACCUACAGCACCACGGGUGGCCACCCUGACACCCACCUGGCUGAGAUCCUCAUGAAGACGCUGCUCAGAAAUCUGGGUUUCUAUACAGAUCAGGCUUUUGGAGAGCUGGAGAAGAACAGCGAUAAGAUCCAGCAGGGCACGUCGUCAUCCGACAGCAGCCAGCCGGCUCACCUCCACCAGCUGCUGUGCUCGCUGCAGAAGCAGCUGCUCGCGUACUGCCACAUCAACGCCGUCACCGAGAACUCGAGCAGCGUGGCGCUGCUUCACAAACACCUGCAGCUGCUGCUUCCUCACGCCACCGACAUCUUCUCCCGCUCUGCUGCUCUGAUCAAGGAAAGCUCCUGGAACGGGAGCAUUCGAGAGAAGCUGCAAGAUGUGAUCUACGUGUCUGCAGCAGGCAGCAUGCUGUGCCAGAUAAUCAACGCGCUGCUGCUGCUUCCUGUGUCGGUGGCGAGGCCUCUGCUGAGCCACCUGCUGGACCUGCUGCCCCCUCUGGACCGCCUCAACAGGCUGCUGCCGGCCGCCUCCCCUCUGGAGGACCAGGAGUUGCAGUGGCCUCUGCACGGAAUGUCAGACUUUGCCGAGCCUGCCUCAGGAAUGUCGCUGCCACCGUUGGCGUUGUCCUGGGUGUGGCUCGUGGACCUGGAGAGGACCGUGGCUCUGCUGGUGGGCCGUUGCCUCGGUGGGAUGCUGCAGGGAGCUCCGACCUCGCUGGAGGAACAAGAUACCGCUUACUGGCUCAAAACGCCCCUCUUCAGCAACGGGCUGGAGAUGGACAUCCCUCAGCUAGACUGCUGCAUCAGCUCGUUACUGGAGGCGGCGCUGUCCGGGAAUGAAGAGCAGAAACCCUUUGACUGCACUCUGCGGUCUGACCUCAGCGUCUUGGUGGAUUUGGCCCUGGGUUCCUCUAAAGAACCAGCCAACAGCCUCUGGAUCAACAUGCAGGACUACGCUAUCAGCAAAGACUGGGACAACGCGUCCCUCAGUAACGAGUCCCUGUUAGACACCGUGUCCAGGUUUGUGUUGGCGGCCUUGCUGAAGCACACGGGGCUGCUGGGCCAAGCCUGCGGAGAGGGAAGGUACCAGCCCUCCAAGAACCUGGCAGAAGUCUACCGCAGCGUCUAUAAAGUCCGGAACCGCCUACUGGCCUGUAAGAACAUGGAUUUCAUCCAGACCAGGUCUUCCUCACGCGAGCGGAGGAUUUCAGACAACCAGGACUCUCUGGACAUGGACCCUCAGGAGCAUUCGUUCACUCGUACCAUCGACGAGGAGGCGGAGCUAGAAGAGAGAGCCGACCGCGAGAGAGAGGAGGGCCACCAGGAGCAAGACGAGGAAGAGGAGGACAGGGAGCAUGAAGUAAUGACGGCUGGAAAAAUCUUUCAAUGUUUCCUCUCAGCGCGGGAGGUGGCUCGCAGUCGGGACAGGGAGCGGGCCAGCAGCAGUACCGGUCUGGGUUCUGGAUCGGUCUCCAGGAGCGGAGGAGGAGGCGUGGAGGAGGACGCCGUUCUGUCUCAGGAAGGGAGGAGAGGCAGCGGGAGUCUCACAGAGGGCCAGGACCUGUACACGGCAGCCUGCAACUCCGUCAUCCACCGCUGUGCCCUGCUGGUGCUCGGUGUGAGCCCCGUGUUGGGCGAGCUGACCAAGCAGAACCAGGAGGAGGGCCAGACUCAGUCUGCAACGGGAACGCAGGAGUGUCUGAGCUACAUGACCAGGAGUGAGAGUCUGAGCGCAGAGAGCCGGUCGGUCCAGAGCAGCCCGAGUUACAGGCUGAUGAAGUCCAGGAGUGAGUCGGAUCUCUCGCAGCCAGAGUCGGACGAAGAGGGAUACAACCUGACCGGAAGGAGGAACGUGGACCUGGACUUGGCGUUCUCUCAGAGGAAAAGAGGUCUUCUUCACAGCUCACCGGACUUCCUGGCGGACUCCUGGUUCCGGGCCAAACUGAGCCGCCAGCGGAGCUACAGCUCUGCGCACUCCUACGAAGAGUCUGAUGUGGACCUGAGCCGCUCGCUGGGAAUCCACGCGCUCAUCGACAACAUGGUGAGCUUCAUCAGCGGUGACGUGGGCCUGGCUCCAGCCUUCAAGGAGCCGGAGGAGAGCAUGUCCACCAGCCCGCAGGCCACCAUCCUGGCUAUGGAGCAGCAGCAGAACAGAGCCGAGCUGCGCUUGGAGGCUCUCCACCAGAUCGUGGUGCUGAUCUCAGGCAUGGAGGAGAAAGGCAGCCAGCCCGGGAGCACCGACCGGUCCAGCAGCACCUUCCAGUCCUCCUCCCUGCUCACCUCCGUCAGGCUGCAGUUCCUGGCCGGAUGUUUUGGCCUCGGCACCGUUGGCACCGGAGGGUUGAAGAGGGAGAACGUUCAGCUUCAUCACUACCAGGAUGGAGUCAAAGCAGCGAAGAGAAGCCUCCAGAUGGAGAUCCAGACGGCCGUCCAUAAAAUCUACCAGCAGCUGUCGGUCACUCUGGAGCGAGCGUUGCAGGCCAACAAACACCACAUUGAAGCUCAGCAGCGCCUCCUGCUGGUGACGGUGUUUGCUCUGAGUGUUCGUUACCAGCCGGUGGACGUCUCUCUCGCCAUCUCCAGCGGCCUGCUGAACGUUCUGUCUCAGCUCUGUGGGACAGAGACUAUGCUGGGACAGCCCCUCCAGCUGCUGCAGAAACCUGGAGUGUCCCAGCUCAGCACCGCCCUGAAGGUGGCCUCCACCCGCCUGCUGCAGAUUCUGGCCAUCAGCACUGGGACGUAUGCAGACAAGUUGAGUCCUAAGGUGGUCCAGUCCCUGCUGGACCUGCUCUGCAGUCAGCUGAAGAACCUUCUGUCUCAGGCAGGAGUGAACCUUCUGUCCACUGGGAAAGACCAGGAGGACACCAAACAGGAGGAGAGUUCAGAGUCUGAGAAGAAAGACUUCAGAGCUUUGAUCCGAAAGCAGCACACGGCAGAGCUGCAUCUCGGAGACUUCCUGGUCUUCCUCAGGAGGGUGGUUUCCUCCAAGGCUAUCCAGUCCAAGAUGGCGUCACCUAAAUGGACUGAGGUGCUGCUUAACAUUGCCGCUCAGAAAUGUUGCACAGGCGUCCCUCUGGUGGGAAAUUUGAGGACACGGCUUCUCGCGCUUCAUGUUUUGGAGGCGGUCCUGCCCGCCUGUGAGGCCAACAUGGAGGACGACCAGGUGACGCAGGUGGUGGAGCGGCUGUUCUCUUUGCUGUCUGACUGCAUGUGGGAAGCUCCCAUCGCUCAGGCCAAACACGCCAUCCAGAUUAAGGAAAAAGUCCAGGAACUCAAACUACAGGGGGAGGCGGAGGAAGAGGACGAGAACCUUCCCAUUCAGGAAGUGUCCUUUGACCCGGAGAAGGCUCAGUGCUGCGUGGUGGAGAACGGUCAGGGGCUGACUCACGGCAGCGGGGGGAAAGGCUACGGCCUGGCCUCCACCGGCAUCUCCUCCGGAUGCUACCAGUGGAAGUUCUACAUCGUGAAGGAGAACCGAGGCAAUGAGGGGACGUGUGUGGGCGUCUCGCGGUGGCCCGUUCACGACUUCAACCACCGCACCACCUCGGACAUGUGGCUGUACCGCGCGUACAGCGGGAACCUUUACCACAACGGGGAGCAGACGCUGACGCUGAGCAGCUUCACGCAGGGAGACUUCAUCACCUGCGUCCUGGACAUGGAGGCCAGGACCGUGUCCUUCGGCAAGAACGGGGAGGAGCCAAAGUUGGCGUUCGAGGACGUGGACGCCACGGAGCUGUAUCCCUGCGUGAUGUUCUACAGCAGUAACCCUGGAGAGAAGGUGAAGAUCUGCGAUAUGCAGAUGAGAGGAACGCCACGAGACCUGUUGCCCGGCGACCCGGUCUGCAGCCCGAUGGCGACCGUGCUGGCCGAGGCCACCACGCAGCUGAUCCGCAUACUUCACCGCACCGACCACUGGACCCACCGCAUCAACAAGACCAUGAUCGAGCGGCUCUACAAGAUCAAGCCCUGCUUCCGAGAGUCCGCCGGCGCCUCCGGUGGCGCCGCUGGUCAGAGGCUGAAAAAGAGCCGCUCGGUCCAGAGCCGCGAGGAGCACGACGCUCAGAGAGAGAGCCAGGAAACCCCCGCCAGGACAGAGGAGGAGAAGGGCCGCCACGGACGCCAGCACGGGCUGGGCGAGCUGUCGGAGCACAACCUGAGGACUCUGUGCACGGAUGUGUGGCCAGUCCUAGCGGUGAUCGGAGGGGCGGACGCCGGGCUGCGCGUGGGGGGCAGAUGUGUGCACAAACAAACAGGACGGCACGCCACGCUGCUGGGCGUGGUGAAGGAGGGCAGCACGUCGGCCAAGGUCCAGUGGGACGAAGCUGAGAUCACCAUCAGCUUCCCAACUUUCUGGUCGCCUAGUGACACUCCGCUGUACAACCUGGAGCCCUGCGAGCCGCUGCCGUUCGACGUGGGACGUUUCCGCGGCCUCACCGCCUCGUUGCUGUUGGACCUCACCUACCUGACCAGCAUCCACGAGGAGACGGCAGCAAAGCUUAGCGCACGGCGCCACGAGAAGAAGCAUCGCAGCACACCCUCAACCGGACACGAGCCCACCGGCGGGGAGGAGAAGGCGGACGGCGAGGGACACAACCGUAACGAGCAGAAAGAUAACAGCGGAGGCUCGUCUGGAGCAGCGUCGGCUGCCUCAGACCUCAGAGUAUCUCACAGCCUGGACGAGGUGAAAGCGCACGUGGCGCCCAACUCGAAGUCUGAGAGCGAGAUCUCGUCUGUGGCCGGUGGAGGCGGGAGCGAAGCUCUCUUCUCUGCAGCUGCUGCUGCUCCUGCUGCUGCUGAGGGGAGCAGGAAGAAAGGACACGAGCACGCCUCCCGAGGUCACGAAGCUUCCUCCAUCGCCACUCAGUCGGAGAUCCACGCCGUGCAGCUGUCCUACCUCUACCUGGGAGCCAUGAAGACCCUCGGCGCUCUGCUCAGCUGCAGCAAGUAUGCAGAGCUGCUCCUCAUCCCAAAGGUGUUACCAGAGACGGCACCCAGCGGCCACAACGCCGACCUGAACGCUGGCUCCAACGGCGGCGCUGUGGCCUCCUCGCCGGUGUGUCAGGAGGAAGUGGAGAUGAGGGCCGCGCUGCAGUUUCUGAUGCGCCACAUGGUGAAGCGGGCAGUGAUGCGGUCGCCCAUCAAGCGAGCGCUGGGCCUGGCGGACCUGGAGAGGGCCCAGGCCAUGAUCUACAAGCUGGUGGUUAACGGGCUGCAGGAGGAGCCCAGCGGGGGGAAGACGAGGCCCGGGGUGAGGACUGAGCCUGAAGGAGAGGGGGAGGGCACAGAGGGGGAGCAGCUGGCUCAGACCCCCAUUACCACGAGCCCGUCUGCCUCCAGCACCACCUCCUUCAUGAGCUCCUCGCUGGAGGACACCACCACCGCCACCACGCCGGUCACUGACACCGAGACGGUCCCCGCCUCAGAGUCUCCGGGCGUCAUGCCUCUCAGCCUCCUCAGGCAAAUGUUCUCCAGCUACCCCACCACCACCCUGGUUCCAACACGCCGAGCCCAGACUCCCCCCGUGUCGUCCCUACCCACCUCUCCCUCAGAUGAGGUGGGCCGCCGGCAGAGCCUGACCUCCCCAGACUCCCAGCCAACCAGACCGCAGAACCGGGCCGCUCUGUCGGACCCCAGCAGCAGACUCUCCAUCCCCCCCCCACCAGCCAUCGCUGUGCCCCUGCUGGAAAUGGGCUUCUCCCUGAGGCAGAUCACCAAAGCCCUGGAAGCCACAGGGGCUCGAGGAGAGGCCGACGCUCAGAACAUCACCGUACUGGCCAUGUGGAUGAUUGAACAUCCGGGCACGGAGGACGAGCGCGAUGAGGCUCAUGCCAGGACCGGCGAUGGGUCCGAGUCCUGUUCAGGCGCCACAGCUGGAGGUAAAUCUCUGGACCGCAGCUCAUACCUGUGCUCUCCCGGAGACAUCGCCAGUGCAGAUGCUGAGAUGGAGGAGGGCUUCAGCGAGAGUCCUGAAGGUCUGGAACAAGACAGCGUGUCGGCCUCAGCGGCGCCCCCCCUCAGAGGCCGAUCCACAGCCGGCAGGAAACACCGCUUUGACCUGGCUGCACGCACGCUGUUGGCUCGCGCUGCCGGACUGUACCGCUCAGUGCAGGCCCACCACAGCCAGUCACGGCGAGAGGUCUCCUCCCUCCAGCAACAACAAGACCCGGGCGCCUUGUAUGACUUCAACCUGGACGAGGAGCUGGAGAUGGACUUGGACGAAGAGACCAUGGAGGCCAUGUUUGGCCAGGACCUCGCCAGUGACACCGACAUUUUGGGAAUGUGGAUCCCGGAGGUACUGGACUGGCCAACAUGGCAUGUGUGUGAGGCCGACGAUCGAGACGACGUGGUGGUGUGUGAGCUCUGUGAGGCCAAUGUGGCCAACUUCAACCAACACAUGAAGAAGAGCCACCCGGGCUGCGGGCGCAGCGUCCAACCGGCAGGGUACCGUAGCAACGGCUCCUACGUGGAUGGCUGGUUCGGAGGGGAGUGCGGCAGCGGCAACCCGUACUACCUGCUGUGUGGAGGCUGCAGAGAGAAGUAUUGGCUAUCCAAAAGCAAAGCCAAAGUUCCCGUCGUGGAGAGGUACAAAGGCCAAGCUCCGGACCUCCUGGGGAAGCAAGACAGUGUUUACGAAGAGGACUGGGACAUGCUGGACGUCGACGAAGACGAGAAGCUGACGGGUGAGGAGGAGUUUGAGCUCCUGGCCGGUCCAUUGGGUCUGAGCGAGCGCAGGAUCAUCCCCGAACCUGUCCAGUCCCCGACAGCUGACCCGCUGGGAGCUUCUGUUUGCCAUGGUGACAGCCACCAACAGCAGGAGGAGACCCUGUUGCAGAUAGGGUGCCAGACCUCGGUGGAUAAGAGUUCGUCGGGUCGGGUGACCCUCGGAGAGCAGGCGGCAGCUGCAGAACCUCAUGACCGGGUGAUGGCGCUCAGGAGGGUGACAGCUGCAGCCAGGUGCUGUCGUGGCCAGAACUUGGUGAUGAGAGCGCUGUCGCUGCUGUCCGUCAGCGGGUCGAGCUGCAGCCUUGCAGCAGGUCUUGAGUCUCUCGGUUUGACCGACAUCAGGACUCUGGUCCGGCUGAUGUGCCUGGCGGCGGCAGGUCGGGCUGGUCUCUCCACCAGUCCUGUAGCUGGAUCGGGUCACGCAGAAAGACCCCGCGGGGCUACCAAGGCCAGCAAACCCAUCUCCUGCCUGGCUUACCUGAGCACAGCUGUGGGCUGCCUGGCCUCCAAUAGUCCCAACGCUGCCAAGCUGCUGGUGCAGCUCUGCACACAGAACCUGAUCUCUGCGGCGACGGGCAUGAACCUGACCACCGUGGACGACCCCAUCCAGAGGAAGUUCCUGCCCAGCUUCCUGCGCAGCGUUGCCGAGGAGAACAAGCUCGUCACUUCGCCCAACUUCGUGGUGACGCAGGCUCUAGUGGCGCUGCUGGCCGAUAAGGGCGCCAGGCUGAGACCCGCGUACGACAAAGCCGACGUGGAGAAAAGAGGCCCUCUGGAGCUGGCUAACGCUCUGGCGGCCUGCUGCCUGUCGUCCAGGCUCUCCUCGCAGCACCGCCAGUGGGCAGCGCAGCAGCUGGUCCGCACGCUCGCGGCCCACGACCGCGACAACAACCAGAGCCGACCGCAGACCUUUGCUGACAUGGCGGGGGACCUGCGGAAGUGCUCCCUCAUCAAGCUCGAAGCCCACCAGAGCCGGGUCAUCACAUGUGGGUGGUGCAGUAAGAAAGGCCUGCUGGCUACCAGCGGGAACGACGGGACGGUCCGGGUCUGGAACGUGACCAAGAGCCAGUACACCCUGCAGCAGACCUGCGUCUUCAACAAGGAUGACGGCUCUUCAGAGGAGGGGAUGUCCGGUUUGGGCUCCCCCAGUGAUCCUUGCUUGUCUCCUCUGGCUUGGAGUGUAACUGGGAAAUACCUGGCCUCUGCCAUGGAGAAGAUGGUCAACAUCUGGCAAGUUAACGGUGGUAAAGGCCUUCUGGACGUGCAGCCUCACUGGGUGUCGGCGCUGGCGUGGCCUGAGGAGGAGGCGGAGUCUUUGUGGUGCGGGGAGCCCAAAGACAUGCUGCUGGUGGGGCGAAUGGACGGGUCGCUGGGCCUCAUCGAGGUGUUGGACACGUCCAGCAUGUUUCGCACCGAGCUGGAGCACUGCUACAGGAAGGAUGUGGCUGUGAUGAACAUCGCCUGGUACAGCGAAGACAAACCUUUCGCUGUCGGCUAUGCAGACGGGAAGCUGCUGAUCGGCUCCAAAGAGCCGUUAGAAAAGGGAGCCAUCGUGGUCAUCGAUGCACACAAGGAGUCGAUCAGCAGUAUGAAGUGGAGUCCGACCGGUCACAUCCUGCUCACCUGUGCCAAAGAGGAGACGGUAAAGCUGUGGGCCAGCCCGGACUCCCGUUCGGGUUCAGGUUCUGGUUCCGGCUGGCGCUGCCUGCAGAGUCUGCGACAUCCUUCCCUGGUUAACGGCGGGGCGUGGUGCAGCCUGCCCGGACAUGGCCCGAAGCCGCUCAGCAUGCUCGCCAUAUGUUGUCAGAACGGCCUGGUCUCCGUCUGGACUCUUCUCAGAACAUCUCCAGCUUCCCAGAAUCCUCCUCCUCAGACGGCAUGGUGGGAGAGCGACUCAAACCUAAAUCCUCGCCGUGACGGAGGACAGAGCGGUGUGUGUGUUUUCCAGCUGAAGGGACACAUAACGCCGGUCAGGACGCUGGCUUUCAGUCCAGAUGGUCUGGCUCUGGCAUCCGGAGGGGUGGGAGGUCUGAUGAACUGGGCGCUGCGGGACGGCUCAGUGCUGCAGACCGUGGUCGCUGGUUCUGGAGCGAUCCAGAACACAGUCUGGAUCCCAGAUGUGGGCAUUGCCGUCUGCUCCAACAGGUCGAAGGAUGUUCUGGUGGUGAAUUGUUAAGACUUCAUGGCGUCCAACCACGUGCUGGCCACCUGCCGCACAGCGCUGAAGAAGCAGGGCGUGGUCGGGCUCAACAUGGCGCCCUGCAUGAGGGCCCUUCCUGGAAGCGGCUUGCCGGUGAUGCUGCAGGAGCAGUACGCCUACGAGAAGCCUCACGUGGUCUGUGGCGAGCAGCUCGUCCACAGCCCCUACAUGCAGUGUCUGGCCUCCCUGGCCGUGGGUCUCCAUCUGGACCAGCUCCUGUGCCGGCCCCCGGUGCCGCCCCACUUCCGACACUGCCCCCUGAGUCCGGCACCUGCCGUCUGGAGCGCCAGCGAGUGGGCUUGGCUCGACUGCUUCUCCACAACCGUCAAGGCAGCCGAGUCCCUCGCUCGUGGCGCCACCUUCCCAGACUCCUUCUGCGUCCCGGACCUGGAGCUUCCCAAAGAUGAAAUGGUUCUGCUGAUGGACAACAGCAAGUGGGCCUCUGGAAUGUAUGAACAGAUCAUGUCCUGGGCCACCUCCAGACCUGAGGACUGGCACCUGGGGGGGAAGUGUGACGUCUUCCUGUGGGGGGCGGGGCGGCACGGCCAGCUGGCCGAGGCGGGUCGACAAAUCCUGGUUCCAACAACCGCUCCGUCGUUCUCUCAGGCUCAGCAGGUGGUCUGCGGCCAGAACUGCACCUUUGUGAUCCAGCCCAACGGGACGGUUCUGGCCUGUGGUGAGGGAAGCUACGGCCGUCUGGGUCAGGGAAACUCGGACGACCUCCACGUCCUCACCAUCAUCUCCGCUCUUCAAGGUUUCGUGGUGACCCAUAUGGUGACAUCGUGCGGCAGCGACGGCCACUCCAUGGCUCUGACGGAGAGUGGCGAGGUGUUCAGCUGGGGCGACGGAGACUACGGGAAGCUGGGCCACGGAACAGCGACCGGCAGCGUCGCCGCACCGCGGCAGAUCGAGGCUCUGCAGGGGGAGGAGGUGGUCCAGAUGUCCUGCGGAUUCAAACACUCGGCGGUCGUCACCGCAGAUGGGAAGCUUUUCACCUUUGGGAACGGUGAUUAUGGCCGACUGGGGCUGGGAAACACCUCCAACAAGAAGCUGCCGGAGAAGGUCGCGGCUCUAGAGGGGUACCAAGUGGGACAGGUCGCCUGCGGUCUGAACCACACUCUGGUCGUCUCUGCCGACGGGAUGAUGGUCUGGCCUUCGGAGACGGGAGACUACGGGAAAACGGGGACUUGGCAAUUCCACGGCAAGUCCUCCCCUCAGAAAGUGGACGUCCUGUGUGGGAUAGGCAUCAAGAAGGUGGCCUGUGGAACCCAGUUCUCCGUAGCGUUGACCAAAGACGAAGUUUUCACAUUCGGACAGGAUCGUCUGAUCGGCCUGCCAGAGGGUCGAGCCCGGAACCACAACCGGCCCCAGCAGGUCCCAGCUCUGUCGGGGGUCCACGUCCAGGACGUCGCCGGCGGAGCGGAACACUCUCUGGUUCUGUCCUCCACCGGAGACGUUUACGCCUGGGGGAGCAACUCAGAGGGACAGCUGGGUUUGGGUCACACCAACCACGUCAGGGAACCCACGGCUGUGUCGGUGCUGCAGGGCAAGAACGUCCACCAGAUCGCCGGACGCUGCCACAGCGCCGCCUGGACGGCUCCGUGUGUGCCGCCUCGAGCUCCAGGCUCGUCGGUCCCGCUCCAGCUGGGUCUGCCGGUGGCGGUUCCGCCUCAGUACGGCGGGCUGAAGGAGGUGAGCAUGGAGGCGGUGAGGGCCCGUCUGCGCCUCCUCUACACUCUUUCCGACCUCAUGUACUCCUCCUGGAGGUUGCUGAACCUCAGUCCCAACCACCAGAAUUCAGGAGCUGCACACUCCCACUACAAUGCCGGGACCUGGGGGAUCGUCCAGGGCCAGCUGAGGCCCCUGUUGGCUCCCAGAGUCUACACUCUGCCCAUGGUGCGCUCCAUCGGGAAGACCAUGGUGCAGGCAAGAAACUACGGACCCCAGAUGGCAUCCGUCAAACGGAUCUCCACACGCGGCCGGAAGUGUAAACCAUCUUCGUCCAGAUCAGCCCGGCAGGUGGUGAAGCUCAACGCCUGGACCUGCGGCCUGCCGUCCAGAGCCUGGAAGGAACUGGUGGGGGAGGGGGCGGACGAUGCGGGGGGGGUGUUUGACGACACCAUCACAGAGAUGUGUCAGGAGUUGGAGACGGGGGUGGUGGACCUGCUCAUCCCGUCCCCCAACGCCACCGCAGAGGUCGGCUACAACAGGGACAGAUUCCUCUUCAACCCAUCCUCCUGCCUGGAUGAGCACAUGCUCCAGUUCAAGUUUCUGGGCAUCCUGAUGGGAGUGGCCAUCCGCACCAAGAACCGGACCUCCAUCUGGACCCCGCUGGUCUGGAAACAGCUGUGCUGCAUCCCGCUGCUGCUGGAGGACCUGGAGGAGGUGGACCUCCUCUACGUCCAGACACUCAAAAGCAUUCUUCACAUUGAAGACAGCAUAACCGAGGAUAAUUUCCAUGAGAUGAUUCCUCUGGAUUCGUUCGUCGGGCAGAGCGCCGACGAGAUGGUGCCCAUCAUCCCGGGAGGAAACAGCAUCCCUCUGAUCUCCAACAGGAAGGAGUGUGAGCGAGCCAUCGAGUACAGGCUGCACGAGAUCGACCGGCAGGUGGCGGCGGUGCGUGAGGGCAUGUCGUGGAUCGUCCUGGUGCCGCUGCUGUCUCUGCUGACGGCCAAGCAGCUGGAGCAGAUGGUGUGCGGCAUGCCGGAGAUCUGCUGCGACGUCCUAAAGAAGGUGGUUCGAUACCGGGAGGUGGACGAGCAGCACGCCCUGGUCCAGUGGUUCUGGCAGACCCUGGAGGAGUUCUCCAACGAGGAGCGCGUCCUCUUCAUGCGCUUCGUCUCCGGACGCUCCCGGCGCCCGCCCAACACGGCCGACAUCUCCCAGAGGUUCCAGAUCAUGAAGGUGGGACCGGGUGAGUGACCGCCCUACGACAGCCUGCCCACCUCCCAGACCUGCUUCUUCCAGCUGCGGCUGCCGCCUUACUCCAGCCAGGCCGUCAUGGCCGAGCGGCUGCGCUACGCCAUCAACAACUGCCGCUCCAUCGACAUGGACAACUACAUGCUGUCCCGCAAUGUGGACAACGCCGAGGGCUCGGACACGGACUACUGAGGACGGGUUCCCGGACCAACCGGAGCCGCCGCGUUUUGCAUCAUUUUAUGUCCUCAGCCGACACAAAGCUUCAAUUCUCCGUGUGUUUUUUAGUUUUUAACGACAUGAAAAUCCAGAAAGUGCAUUUAGUUUUUUUACUCCACAUCCUGUUUGUCAGGGUUUCUGCAUGGAGCCACCUUCUGUUGGAGGCGUGUAUAGAUUAUUCCAGAAGGAGGAGACUGUACAUUGUGUAAAAAUGCUUCAUUAGGAAAAUGUUUUGCAUUAUUUCCAUAUUAUUGUUUCCAUGGCGACUUUCCAAAGCAUCAACAAAACAACAAUAAAUGCUGCAGAACUGA